UGGUCCCUGUCACCGCGGUGCAUUAUGGUCAGGCACAGUGCUCUUGCUAGUGUCCCCUCCAUCAUGAACCCGGCGAGCUGCGGUGUGGGACCGAAGCACAACUUUACUUCUUGAUUCAGCUCGGUCUGUUGUUAUCGACAGGCAACAGACGCGUGUCCGUCGUGUCCUCGUUUACUGUCACUGUGGAUUUUAAACGGAGAAUUAACAAAAACGAGUUGUCCCCGUCACUGUCCAAGCUAACGGAGCUAGCAUAACACGAAGCAGCCGCUGCUGAAAACACCGCGAGGAAAGUUAGGAAGCAGCCGCAGCUCAGGCAGAGUGAAGCUGCUGGUACCGGAGCUGAACCAGUGUUUCCACCAACUGUCCCUGCCAUGUUUAUGUGUGAAUACUUUUCAUUCUCCUCGUACCUGUGGAUCCGGACUGUCCACACUCAAACAGCUGCAGGAAGGCUCCACCAAUGACACCAGGAUUUAACACAUUCAACCUGUGUCCACAUCUGAGCUGAGACCAGCUCUCUCCACAGCCGCCAUGUCAGCCUGCGUGAAGGCUGUGUGUUGUCGUGGUGUGGAGACCAGGCUGCUGCUGGCUGGCUGCAUGAACUGCACCAGGGUGUAUCUACCUUUUACUGGGAACUUGUUUCCAAGGCGACCCUUCACUUGUCUCAGUGCUUUUUCUGCCUCAAGACGUGGCGUCACUCGAAGCCUCUGCCCAAUGAAGUACACUGUGCCAGGAGGAAACAGGAACGUGUCUGUGCACAGGAGGAGCUACACUGAUGUUGGAUCAAGGCAUCAACACAGAACGAGUCAGUCCGAUGUGGUGAGAAAGGAGAAGCUGCUGCAGGCAGGAGCAUCGUGGCCUGUGUCCCUCAUCCGCUGCAGAGUGACAGAUGCCCCUAUUUCCAGUGUGCCUCUAGCUUUUGUAGUGAUGAAAUUUGACCAGGAGGGAAAUGUGACAUCAUUUGAGAAGAAGAAAACUGAGCUUUGCCAGGAGCUAAGUCUUCAGGCCAGAGACCUUCGCUUUCAGCACAGUACCAGCCUCACUGCCAGAAACAACUGCAUCAUUUUACGAAUGGCGUCUCUGAAAGCCAUCAUAACGCCACAGUCCCUCUUGGUGUUGGAUUUUCGUGGUCUGGGAUUGGAACGCUGGUUGAUGCUGGAGUUUGCUCCUCAGCUAGCGUUACAGACACACUCGCUGCCCUUUGAGUUCAGAGCACUGGAGGCCAUACUGCAGCACAAGGUCAACACGCUGCAAACCCGGCUGAAUGAGGUCGAACCAGUAAUAUUGGAUGUGUUGGAAUCCUUAGUGGAUCCUAAAAUCCUUUCUGCUGACAGAAGUAAACUACAUAUACUGCUGCAGAACAGCAAGAGUUUGUCCGAGUUGGAAACGGACAUAAAGGUUUUUAAGGACUCCUUGCUGAAGAUUUUGGAUGAGGACGAGAUCAUUGAAGAACUCUGUCUGACCAAGUGGACCGACCCAAGAGUUUUUGAGGAGAGCAGUUUGGGCAUUGACCAUGCUGAGGAGAUGGAACUGUUACUGGAGAAUUACUUUAUGCAGGCUGAGGAGCUGGGGAACAAGGCCAGAGAACUGAAAGGGCUGAUAGACGACUCUGAGAGUGUCAUCUUUAUCAAUCUAGACAGCAAUCGUAACGUGAUGAUGCGUCUGAACCUGCAGCUGACCAUGGGUUCCUUCUCCCUCACCUUGUUCGGUCUGAUUGGUGUGGCCUUUGGAAUGAAUUUGACGUCGUGCUUUGAAGAGGACCCUCGUGUUUUCUGGCUGGUAACGGGCUUCAUGUUCUUGGGCAGCGGGAUGAUAUGGCGACGACUGCUGUCAUUUCUGGGACGACAUCUAGAGCCUUCACUGAUCACUCCAGUUUGGAAGAGAAAUCUGAAAACAUCAGACGUAAAACCAGGAAUCAGAUGAAGUGCCUCCUUCGCUCUGUAAACUGACAUCACACAGACUCUGUAGCUUUAAAUAUGAUUGUUUGACCCUGAACCUCUCUAACUGGCUAUGAAUUCUUUUUAACUUACCUCAUUGUUUUACUUUGCCAUGACUAUGGCCGAGAUCAAGCCUCCAUCCAAACAUCUGGAGAUUUCACUGUGUCAUUAUAUACCUCGCAGGAAUGCUGGAGUCAUUUCAGAUGGGUGGAUGUCUUCAUAUUUAAUCAUAUCUGUGGAUAAAACAUUGGUAUUGCUCUGUGUAUGUGUAGGUGAAAGGCAGCAGCACUUGAAGUGAAACCAAACUAAUAUGAUACCCAGCUUACAUGCAGUUGUAUGUUCCCUCAUUUUAUAGUUGAAAAGGGUUUGGGAGCCAUGUGACUGUAUUAAGGCUAUUGUUAUAUUUAUAAAGAGUUAAAUAUCAUCAGUCACUAGUUGUCUAAACAGACCCUUUCCACCACAGACAUUUUGACCUGUCAGUGCGUUAAUGUUAACGCUGGCUCCCGUCCAUUACAUGUGAGUAAGUCAUGUCAGUGAGUGAGCAUGCAUGCUGUCUUCUGGAUGGUUUGCAGGGACUGUUCUUGAAACACUUACUGCUCUGGGAGACAAGGAUUUAUCAGAUGAUAGCCUUCUUUCUGAUGUGACUGUUGACAUGACUGACUAAAAGCUGCCUCUGCAGUUUUUCUUCUUUCUUAAAAAACAAACAGAAAAACAAUUAUGUAUAUUUUUUUAUUAACUGUCUCACUUUAUGAUUGUGUCUGAAAUGGACAUUUGCCCAAGAAUAAAAGGCUCUUAUUACACAUGGAGCACACAUGAUGAUGACUGUGACUGCUUCUAAAGCAAAAAAAAUAACAUAUGCUAAAAACAAUAUAAAUAUAAAUGUGGGAAGUCUGUGUAGUAGUCUAUAUGUUACAGGCAGACCCUCAGUGAAAAGAUACACAUGCCUUCGACCAACUGAAACCGUUCUGGGGCAAAGCUAUAGUGACCUUACAGUGCUGGUUCAGAAUACACUCAAGGGGUCAAAAGAUAAAUCUCAGGGGUCAUGAGAUGAAGGAAAGCAGAAAAAUAAAUAUUCUCAAAAUAAUAUUUGCUUUUUCUAAUUUUCUGUAAUUUUUCUCUUAACCAUGACUGGGUGGUCUGAUCUACUGUAUCUCUUUAUUGGCCUUUAAAAUCCCUCUUUGGUUAAACUGGUCAAAGCCAAUAGACACAACAGUUUAUGAGGAAACAUUGGUAGAUUUGGCUUCAUCUUCAGGUUUCACAAGCAAUAUGUGUUAGAAUCCCUCCUUAUUGUACUGUGUCUUAUUUAUAACAAGUUAAGCCAGACCCUUCAUAUUUUGGCUGUUGUCUCCUGUGUUAUACAAAUUGCCAAUAAAACGAAUCACUAUGUC